GCACGUUUGAAUAAUGCACACCGUCUAUGACCAUUCUCUCACAUCACUCUCGUUUAAAAUAAAACCCCUCUUGUCUCUCUUUUCGUCUUCUCCUCACUUUUCACAAUGAAGAAGCACAUUCACAUAGCCCUAUUCCUCCUUCUGGUGUCACCGUUAAUCCCCAUCGCCGUCGCGCAGGCCCAAUCCCAGCCCAAUGACUUCUCCGACGCAAACCUCAACCAGUUCAGCCCCUCCAUAGCCAUAAUCAUAGUCAUACUUGUCGCCGCGCUUUUCCUCAUGGCUUUUUUCUCCAUCUACGUACGCCACUGCGCCGAUUCCCCUUCCACCACCGUUAGCCCUCUCACUACCGCACGCUCCCGGAGGGCCGCGCGUGGGCUUGACCCAGCUGUGAUCCAAACAUUCCCAAUCCUCGAAUACUCCGAGGUUAAGAUCCACAAAAUCGGAAAAGAAGCGUUGGAAUGCGCGGUGUGUUUGUGCGAGUUCGAGGACACCGAAACGCUGCGUUUGAUCCCCAAGUGCGAUCACGUUUUCCACCCCGAGUGCAUCGACGAGUGGUUGGGCUCCCACACCACGUGUCCCGUGUGCCGCGCCAACCUCGUUCCCACCGACUCCGAGGAUGCUAUUGCUAACGGUAACGCUAACGGCGUUGUUCCAGUUCCGGAGACGUUUACGCGAGACAUUGAAGCCCAAAACGACGCCGUGGAAGCGGCGCCAGAGCAGCAGAACGCGGAGGCUGACCCAGUCUUACCUGAACCGGAAGUAGUUUCCCUGGACAAAACACUGAACCGGAACCGCACGCGAGGGUCUCGGUCGAACCGGCCUCGGAGGUUUCCAAGGUCGCACUCGACCGGGCACUCGCUGGUCCAACCGGGAGAAAACACUGACCGGUUCACUUUGAGGUUGCCUUUGGAGGUGAGGAAGCAAUUAAUAAACCGCCAAUUGCAACGUGCGAGUAGCUUGAUCGUGUUACCCAGGGAAGGUAGUUUGCGGCAGGGUUACCGAACCGGAGGAGAAGGGAGUAGUAGGGGGAAGAUUUCGAGGCGGUUGGACCGGAGUUUGAAAUCGGACCGGUGGAUUUUCUCGAUGGCUGCGCCCUUUUUUGCAAGGGCGUUGUCUAUUAGAUCGCCUAGGGUUCGAAACAAUGAUGUUGAAGGAACGGCGUCGUCGUCGUCGUCUUCCACCGCGCCUAUCUUGCCGCCGACGGCCGUUGACUCGGCGAGGCCUCUGGUCUAACCUGAGUUUCUCCAACCUCCACGUGUCGUUGUUUUUAUUUUUUGUUUUUUCUUUUCUUACAAGGCACGAUUUUGUUUUUGGUGCAAAAUUUGUAAAAUGUGUAUAAUUAAUAAGGUAGCAUGUUUAUAUGUUUUAGAAGAACUGGGUCAUGUACUAAAUUUCAUACUCUUGAGGUUGUUAAGCUGGUUAGUUAGUUAACUUCAGAUUUUAACAAAACAGCAAGCGAAAAAAAAUGCAAAAUUAUCUUGUUUA